UUGGAGCGCGGAGGGAGGCUGGCGGGGCCGAGCGAGGGAAGGGAAGGCAGGCCCCUCUUUUCCGGCCUUAGUCCGGCCCCACAGCUUGGGGCAGCGCGCCCCCUCAGCGCCCCCAGCUAUUUGGCUUGGGGUUAUUCAGGGGGGCUGGGAACCUGGCGGCUGAGGCCUGACCCCACGGGAGAGUGGACCAUCUCCCAGAAUUCCCCAGCCGGCAUGUCAGCUGGGGGAUUCUGGGGGUUGAAGUCCCCCCAUCCUCAGGUUGCCCAGGUUGAGAAAGCCUGGCUCGGGGCAAGCAGGGAGGCAUUUUAAGCAGGCAGUGGGGGAGGGGGGCCCUCCAGGGCCCUUUUGUGACACCAGCGCCAAGUCACAGUGCCAGGCUGGGCUGCAGGGACAGAGACACCCCCCCCCUCUGGGCAGCUGAAUUGCUUUUGGGCUUUGGGCUGCCAGGGAGGUUGGUGACGACUUGCGGUGUUUGAUGGAAUUCCUGGGCACCACCCAGACGGCCAGCUACUGUGGACCGAAGAAGAGCUGCCUGCUGCCGGAGGUGGCCCCCACCAGCCUCAGCCAUGACAGCUACCAGGCUUACUACCUGCCAGGCUAUCGCUACCUGAACUCAUGGAGGCCGAGCCUCUUCUACAAGGUCUCCGCUUUCCGACCCGGUGAUGAGGGGGCCGGGCGCCUCAGUGCCCCAUUGCGGCCCCCCACCAUCCUGCCAUCAGUGAGGUCAUCCCUCUACGCCCGCUACAGUCCCCAUGACUGGUACAAAGCCAACGCCGUGCAGAUCAAAGGGUCGGAGGCAUACCGGCACUGGGCCGGGCGGCUGAAUGCGGACAGUGCGAGGCUCAUGCAAGACAAGGAUCAGCUGACUCGGCAGCAGCAGGAGGAUUCUGGGAAAAACCUGGGGCAGAGGCUGGCCGACAUCGAUUUCUGGCGGUCCGAGUUGAUCUAUGAGCUUGAGCGGCUGCUACAUGAUACCCGUGCGCUGGACACUGCCAAGCGGCGCCUGGAGUGUGCGGCUGAUGAAGCCCAGGGGCCUCUCCAGGUGGCCUUGGAAUGCUUAUACAAUCGGGAGAAACGGAUGGGAAUUGACUUGGUCCACGAUCACGUGGAAAGGAAUCUUAUACAGGAGGUUGAUUUGAUCAGGGCUUGCCAAGAGAAAAUGAGAAAGCUUGCAGAAAGAAUUGACCAGCAGAUUAACCUUAACAGAGAUGCUCAACAUGCACUUGAGCGGGAUCUCGGUGAUAAAAGUUCAGCUCAUUUUAUUGACGAAAAGUGCUAUAAUUUGAGGAAUACUUCAGACAGCAUCAACUACUACCAUGGAAUUGAGAAAAUUGAUGGAACGGUCUCCGUCCCUGAAACUUGGGCGAAGUUUAGUGAUGACAACAUCCGGUAUUCCCAGAACGCCCGAGCCAACGCAGCCAUCCUCUGCGAGGAAGCAAACCACACGCUGGAAAUCACCUCCGAUGAUAUGUGGAAACAGUGGACUGACAGCAACUUGUCCUUUACCUCUCGCAUAUCAGAAAUUGCAGAUGCCAAGAACCAGCUGCAAGCACAGCUGGCGAAGACUCUUCAAGAAAUCUUCCAGACAGAAAACACCAUCAUGUUACUAGAAAGAGCGAUCAUGGCCAAAGAGUGUCCACUGAAGGUGGCCCAGACCCGUCUGGAAGCGAGGACCCGGCGGCCAAACAUGGAGCUGUGCCGGGACGUCCCCCAGUUCAAGCUGGUGAAUGAAGUGUUCACAAUUGAUGACACCCUCCAGACCCUGAAGUUGCGCUUGCGAGAAGCCCAGGAUACUCUGCAGCUGCUGAUCCUCAACAAGUCGAAACUGGAGCAUGACCUGAUGGUGAAGGCCAACAGCCUCUUCAUCGACAAGGAGAAGUGCAUGGGGAUGCGGAAGACCUUCCCCAGCACGCCCCGCCUGGUCGGCUACACCUGAGGUUGCAACGGCACCUUCCACGCUCCUAUCAAUCUGACAUAAAAGAUUGAAAAUCAUGGGAGACAUUUCUGCUCGUUUAUUUUUUUUGUAGCAAAUGGAAGAAGGAGAAAGAAAAAUAAAAAAUCCCAUGAAAAUAAACGUAACGUAACAAAAA